AUGAUAGAGUACGAGUACGAGAAGAGAUCGUCCACAGCUCGCGCUACGCCCUCUCGGGGUAUGCCCCACGAGUACUACGCGAGACGACCGUUGCCGCCGCGCCCCGAGUGCAACGAAAUACCAACUAAGACCAGCGUGCCAUUAAAAGUGUGGGUGAUAGCCACUGCGUCCUGUUUCGCGGUCUGCGCCAUUUUGGUCCUCGCAACAGUUGUCAUAACUAGAUGGGGCACGAGCGAGACGUAUACAUCCAGAGAGAUUCUGUAUGAAGCACCUGAACCAAUUUAUUCCAUCCAUCCAGACACAUCCACCAUGCCAAAUGAGAUCGACGAGAUUCCGAUCUUAGAGAAGUUAUCGAUCUUCAAGAACAUAGUAGCGAACCGUAAGCCAGAUCUAGCGUCAAAGCCACAGAUCCACCCGCUCCAUGACACGACCAUCCACCACGCCGAAAAGAGAAUAGAAAAGAAAGACCAGGCUAAGCCUGGGAAGAUGAUAAUACCCGAGUUCAAACCGACGCUGCCAGAUCUCAGACAGUUAAAGUUCCCAGACGGGUAUAUGUAUAAACAGUACGAAGAUUAUUACAACGACGAAAAUCUCUACGACGAUUACUUAGAAAGCAAUACAAUGACCAGUUACCUAAUAGAAAAAGUCCAAGAGCUCCACGAAUGGAUCAGCUCCGACCAGCAAUUGGUCAAAUCCAAGGACACAAAUAACUUUGGACAAGUGUUGAAAGCGCUUAACGAGAGCUUGAUCGAAGGGAACAUAACCAUAGUCAUGAAGAAGCUACGGGACGUAUAUUUUGGCGAUAAUUAUACAGUGGUUAGCAGUAACCGACGGAUUUUGAAUAGCACGAGUCUGCUGUCGUUCGGGAUUUUGACGUUGGAUGUUAUGUUGUUGCAUAACAUACAGCUGAUGGCGUGGGAGAACCAGGAAGCUACGCGCAAUAAGAUGCUGAAAGAUCCAGAUGUGUUCGCUUUCAACGCGUUAUUCAUGGAACCGAGUAAAGUCGAGUCGAAACGGAACGAAGUUUAUCACCAUUACGAAAAUGCGAAGCGCCAAAAUGUACGCCAGGAGACGGCUGAAGAGUUUAUAGGCAAGAAUCUAUUGGAAAACGUUUUAGAAAUCGGGAUGAGCACAGCCAGGGCGGCCAUACACUUGGGCAGAGCCUAUAAGAAUACCAAAAUGGUCCUAAACCAGCUGUCAAAUAGAGAAGCACUAAAUGCCAACAUUCAGAACCAAAUCUCCCGAAACAUAGAUGCCAACACGCAUGCGCUGAACCACCUACAAACGUCAUUCAAUGACAGCUCCAGUGUUGCCAACAGUGGGGAAGUGUACACGGACUUGGACUGCGUUUGGCUGCUGUAUUGUCGGAAUUUGGUUGUAACAUCCAAAAUGAACCCACCUUAUGGUACCAUGGCGAGGAUUAAUGGGUUAGCUUUGAGGAUGUUGGCUGGUGAGCUGAUAGCAGACCGCGCGGUUGACACUAUUCUGUACGAAGCGCUGACUGGGUGGACGGACCUCAAAUGUAGCGAUAUGUUCCCCAAAUGCAGUAAAGCUAACGCUGCAGCCGUGGUACUGGAUUCGAUUCUACAACCGCUGCGGAAGACGAAAGGAUCCACUUGA